AUGCUUUCAGACGAGAACGGGCGACAGGUCGCAGAUUGGGCGAUUGUAGAUCGACACUUUCAUGUCCUGUCUGUUUUCAACAGGGCCACUCCAGGGCGGACAUGGGGCGUUUUCAACGGGAUAGCAUUGACUCCGGCGUCGGCGAUAGUUGCAAGCGCUCUAGGACUUGUUCAGAUGGCCAUGACGGGUAGAGGCGUCUUGGGGAGGACCCUCUUGGAUGGCCACUCCUCGGGAAGGAUAUGGCUAAGGAGCGUCAAGUCCUUGCCCAGGGCGCUCUUCUCCAAGACGGAGGACGUCACCGCAGCACUUGAACGGGAUAUGCAUGAACGUCUGACCUGUUUCAGCAGCCCUCGCAAGCACUGA